AUGUCGAUUGUUUCCUUGCUUGGAAUUGAGGUGUUGAACAAUCCAGCUAAAUUUUCAGAUCCAUAUGAAUUUGAAAUAACUUUCGAGUGUUUGGAACCUUUAAAGGAAGACUUGGAGUGGAAACUUACGUAUGUGGGUAGUUCACGCUCGCUAGAUCACGAUCAAGAACUUGAUUCCAUCCUUGUGGGCCCGGUACCAGUUGGAAUCAACAAGUUUUUGUUUCAAGCAGACCCUCCUUCCCCAGAAUUGAUUCCUGCAAGUGAGUUGGUCAGUGUGACGGUGAUAUUGUUAAGUUGUUCAUACGCGGGUAGAGAGUUCGUCCGUGUUGGUUACUACGUCAAUAAUGAGUAUGACUCUGAGGAGCUAAGAGAGAAUCCACCAGCUAAGGUUCAAGUUGAGCAUGUUGUCAGGAACAUUUUGGCAGAAAAGCCUCGUGUGACGAGGUUCAACAUUGUCUGGGACAGUGAGGAUGGAAAUGCCGAUGAAUACCCCCCUGAACAACAGGUCGACGAGGACGAGGAAGAGGAAGAAGAAGAAGAGGAGGAAGAGGAGGAAGAAGAAGUUGAGGAAGAGGAGGCUGAGGCCGGUGAUGCCGAAGAAGACCUAGAGGAAGACAUUGAGAUGGACGAAGAAUCUCAGAAGGCAGACCAGGACAAAAAUGAAGAAGCUGACAGCACAAUGGGCAGCAGUGCAGCCACGCCCAACGACAAAGCCGACAGCUGA